AACAGCCAGUUUUGUCAGACUUGUCAGUAUUGUCAGUCCACGCGAGUCGUCUACAUACAUAUAUUGUCAGAAUAACAUAAACAUUAUCUUUGAAUACAUCAAUUUCUUCUUAAUUCUGCUUACAGAAGUAAAAUUGGUGUAAAAAUGUUGUCCACAAAAGCGGUCAAUAGGUUCAGUACUUUGCUGGGCGUGAGAGCAUUUUCGGUUUCUUCAGCCAAAUUUGCCGAUUUGGACGUGAAAGUUGAGAAUGGAGUUAAGACCCUCACCAUGAACAGACCAAAGAAAAAGAAUGCCUUAAGUACACAGAUGUACCAAGAGAUGACGAAAUCUCUUUACGAAAGUAAUGACGAUAAGGCCACAAAAAUUGUCGUGAUCCGUGGAACAGGGGACUUUUUCACUGCUGGAAAUGACAUUGCCUCUCUUUUCGAAGCUUAUCAGAAAAAAACGGCCGUGAAGGACAUGGGAUUCUCAAUAUUCACUAAAGCCCUAAUCGAUUGCCGAAAACCUAUUGUUGCUCUCGUUAAUGGUCACGCUGUCGGAAUCGGCGUGACAAUGUUACCUCACAUGGAGACCGUGUUUGCGUCAGAUAAGGCCACGUUUAACACACCCUUUAUUAAACUUGGAAUUCCUCCAGAAUGCUGCUCAAGCUACCUGCUACCCAAAGUUAUGGGUCAAGCCAAGGCUGGCGAAAUGCUCCAUUUCGACUCAACUCUAACAGCGGCAGAGGCUUACACAAGUAAUUUGGUUACGAGAGUUUUCCCUGACGCCGAGUUUGAUAAGAAGGCAUGGGAGAAAAUUCACCAAAUGGCCGAACAUCCAUUGGAGUCGCUGGUGGCUUCGAAAGAACUCCUUCGAGCAAGGGAACGACCACUUCUGCAUAAAAUUCAUGACGACGAAGGUGCAAGUGUCAACAUGGACAUUGUGGCGAAAGCAGUAAUGAAAUUUAUGUCCAAGCAGAAGUGAAUUGAUUACAAUUUAAUUGUUGGAAUUAAACAAACCUUAUUCCGACUGAAAAAUUUAUAUGUAACUCAUUUAAUGUUCAGUUGAUUAAGAAAUAAAUAUAUUCAUCUAGUAAACAAA